UUUAGUGUGCAGUUUUGUGUCGGCGCUUUCAUUCUUUGAUCUGCAAAGAAUUCAACCUACUGAUUUUUAAAAAAUAACGUUUAUUUUCAAUGGUUUAAUUUAAAAAGAAGAUUCCUAUAUUUUCAAGAAAAUGGCUUCAAAUGAUGGUAUACCACCACCUGCUGCGGUACCUGGAUUUCCACCAGCAACUCCAAAUAUUGCUUCUAGUUUUGUACAACCCAUUAUGCCUACUGCACCUUUUAUACCUCCUCCAAGUCUACCGCCUGGCCCACCAGGCAUAAUGCCACCACAAUUCUCCAUACCUCCUCCUGGUUUUAGUUUUCCAAUUACUGCUGCUCCUCCACCCGAUGCUGGAGUUAUAGCUGCACCUCCUCAAAUAACAGCACCAGGUAUUCCUCCGCCAGCACCUAUAACAAGUGAUGGUACAUCCAAUGUUCAAUCAUCAACAGCUGACAAGAAGACUGAUUGGACUGAGCACAAAGCUCCAGAUGGCAGAACGUAUUAUUAUAAUAGUGUUACAAAGCAAUCAUUAUGGGAAAAACCCGAUGAGCUAAAAACACCUAGUGAAUUGCUUUUAUCGCAGUGCCCUUGGAAGGAAUACAAAUCAGAGAAUGGGAAAGUAUAUUAUCAUAAUGUAACAACUAAGGAAUCAAGGUGGACCAUACCCACAGAAUUGGAAGAACUGAAAACAAGAAUUACGGCUGAAGAAGCUGCAGCAGCUGCAGCAGCAGCUGUUGCAAGUGCUACAAACACUAUAGUUCCUGUAGCCAUGCAGCAUUUGUCUCCAAAUGUUCCAAUUACAAAUGCAUCUCAAACUAGUACACCAGAACCAGGGGGCAAAUCUGCAAUUGAGCAAGCUAUGGCUGCAACACUUGCAGCGAUAAACAUUCCUACUCCACCCACAAAACCAGAUGACGAUAGCAAUUCUGCUAAAGGAUCAGCAAAUGAUAGCCGUACAAGUACACCCGAACCAAAAAUGCAAUUUAAAGAUAAAAAAGAGGCUAUUGAGGCGUUUAAAGAAUUAUUAAGAGAAAGGGAUGUACCAUCUAAUGCUACAUGGGAACAGGCAGUGAAAUUAAUUCAAAGUGAUCUCAGAUAUCCACAAAUGAAGAAAUUAAAUGAACGUAAACAAGCGUUUAAUGCGUAUAAAACACAAAAGCUUAAAGAGGAGCGUGAACAGGAAAGACUGAGAUUGAAAAAAGCUAAGGAAGACUUGGAGCAAUUUUUGUUAGAAAAUGAUAGAAUGACUAGUAUCACGAAAUACUACAAAUGCGAAGAAAUGUUUGGUACCUUAGAAGUGUGGAGAGCUGUAGGUGAUUCAGAUCGCCGGGACAUUUACGAAGAUGUUAUUUUUAAUUUGGCCAAACGUGAAAAAGAGGAAGCAAAGCAACUGAAAAAAAGAAAUACGAAGAGAUUAGCUCAAGUUUUGGAUACUAUGACUGACGUUACAUAUAGAACUACUUGGCAAGAAGCACAGGCUCUGCUUUUGCAACAUGCAGCUUUUGCAGAAGAUGCAGAUUUAUUGGAAAUGGACAAAGAAGACGCUUUACUCGUCUUUGAAAAUCAUAUACGUCAGCUAGAAAAAGACGAAGAAGAAGAGAAAGAACACGAGAAAAAACGUAGAAAACGACAAGAAAGGAAAAAUAGGGAUGCGUUCAUAAGUUUACUCGAUGAACUGCACGAGCAAGGAAAAUUAACAUCAAUGUCGCUAUGGGUAGAACUUUAUCCAAUGUUAUCUGCUGAUUUAAGAUUUUCUGCUAUGCUCGGACAAUCUGGAUCAACGCCUUUAGAUCUUUUUAAAUUUUACGUAGAGGAUCUGAAAUCCAGAUUCCAUGAUGAGAAAAAAAUUAUAAGAGAAAUCUUGAAAGACAAAAACUUUGAAGUACAAGUCAACACUACCUUUGAAGAGUUUGCUACUGUUGUAUGUGAAGACAGAAAGUCUGCGACGUUGGAUGCAGGCAAUGUAAAACUGACGUACAAUUUAUUACUUGAAAAAGCUGAAGCGAGGGAGAAAGAACGUGUAAAGGAAGAAACUAGAAAGUUCAAAAAAUUGGAAACAGGUUUCAAGAAUUUACUGAAGACUCUUAAUGUUGACUAUCAAAUGACGUGGGAAGAUGUACGAAGUAAAAUUGAAGAGGAACCUGACUUUAAAGCAAUCACAUUAGAAAGUGAAAGAGCUAGAAUCUUUAAAGAAUACCAGCAUGAACUUGAGGAAAGUUGUAGUCAUCACCAUAUAAGAAGUAAAAAGAAAAAGACGAAGAAAGUGAAGCGGAAAUCACGGUCGCGAUCACACAGUGAGUCUGAAGGUAGUGAAAAAGGUUUAAAGAAAAAAAGGCAUAAAUCACGUUCACCAAGUAUUCCUAGUAAAUCGGACAGUUCUGAAUCUGAUACUAGAAAGUCGAAAAGAAAGAAGAACAAAAAGAAAAGAGGACGCAGUCAUUCUCGAUCACAUUCAAGGCUUCCAUCUUCCGAAGAAUCACCAGAAAGGAAACGGAAAGAAGAAAAGCAUAGAAGACCUUCCGCUCAUAGCGAAGGCUCUGUUACAGAGAAUGCGGAACAUCAUGAACUCUCCGAGGAUGAGUUAGAGAAACAAAGAGCGCAAUUAUUGCGCGAGCUACAGAUGCAACAAGAAGACAAUUAA